AUGAACGUGUUGAAUUGGUUACACACUCUCAAUCUAGCCCAUUUGCGUCAAUCCAUUACAUCCAGUACCCAUUUGGAUAUGGCUCCUGGUCCUCUCGAAGUCAAUGCCGGUGUUGCGUUAGACCAGGAUAAUAGACCUUGCGCAACCACACCAACCCCGGAAUCUGUGUUGGCCUAUACGAAUGGAUCCGGCGAGAACGAUCGUUUUGAGUCCAAUGGUGCUAUACGAACAAGAGAAAGUCCGCAACCGGAUUCCACCCGAGAAGGCAUGCACUAUCUGCAACAGUCUGACUGUACUCAUCUGACGAAUGGCAUUGGCCGGUUAGAUUUGGCUGAAUAUCUGCGUCGAGAAUCAAUCGCUUCCCGUAGGCACACUUUAACUCGCUCUCCAGCACCAUACGUACCAGUCCAUAAUGGAUCAUCAGAUGCUGUUGACGACGAAAGUCCUUACAUUAACUUAUCCCGGGACAAGUUAUCAUCCACUUCCCUUAGUCAUCGGUUUCUAACUCCAUCUAAUACAACUCUGCCUAAGAGCGUCACACCAGUUCACUCUAAACAACAAUAUACGCCAGACACUCGAACCGGCUGUCCCUUUACUAGCGUGUUUUCGUUCAAUAUGUCUUCCACACCAUCACGUCCGAAUUCGUUGCCUCGUCGUAUUUUGGAGCUUCCGAAACCGUCACCCGGUUCAGAUCAGUGGAUUGCAUCCUGUUCGUCCUCGGUUUCUUCUCGGACCACGCAACAAGACCGGUUGCAGCUUCCGCUCCCCGCGUCCCGUAGUACCGGGCAGAGUAAUGGGAACGGGAUCCUGGUGCUGUCGAACUCCACAAACAAGCUCGAGCAAACAGAAAAACAGGUCACCAAUUCCGCAUCAGGAAAGCCGCCUGGUGGACGACGUAAACCGGUUCAAGACAAAACAAACACAAAUUCAUCUAAUCCACAGCCUAUUCGUCAUCCAGUUCCACAAGUUCGUUCAUCCUCCGUUGGAUCCAGACUGCGUCGUUCACAUGCAAGGAGAUGGAAUUCCAAACCGGAUGUGUGUAGUACACGUGAACCAAUAAUCAAACCUCAUUCGGAUGAACCACCGACAAAUCGUGAUUUUUUUCGUCUAUGUGAUCCCGCGGCCCAUGGGGCUUAUCGAUCUACCACGAAAUCUUCAACAAUGUCAGCCAACCUCGCUCCGCAAAAUUAUCACCAUCAUUACUAUUAUUAUUAUUAUCAACAAUUGGGUAUGAUUCCUGCUGUAAAUUCCGGUCCACCAAGGGCCAUGACUCCUCCCUUAACGUCUCGUGAUCCACCUACUCGUUUGAACGAGUUCCCGUGCGGCAAUACGAAUCCGAAGCCUCCCAUUUCCACUUGUAAAAAUGGACUAACUCCCGCACUCUCUGGUCGAUUAGCACACCGGUUGUACACACACCCGCUUCCUCGACAGAAUGGUUGUAUGCAUAGAGCACUACGUUUUGACCCGUGCACUGUGCCUCCAACUAUAAUACAACCUACAAAUCCGCCUCGAUCUGUUGUGGAACAUCGUCCACCACUUGUUACUCGGAAUGGUCCUCCUGGUCGUUGGAAUAGUGAUUUUAAAUCAGCUUAUCCACGAGAUCCGCUGAACAACAAUCUCGGACGAUCCCCAUCUCGCGGUCCACAUCGAUCAUCCUCUCAACCGGCUAAUUCACACGAUUGGUUGUCGUUUGAAACAGAACUGUAG